AUGCUGACUCGAUUGGUAUCUGCUACAUUCCAACGAAAAGUACAUGAUAAUUUGGCUGGUGAUCUAUUUGCUUCAUGUUUCCAACGCAGCCAUCUUUUACUAAAUACUUUAUAUACUGCUACCAGUUUGAUCCUUGUUUGGCUUUACUUUGGGUUAAUUUUGAAGACAACCUUAUCUAGCAAUCAUCCAAGGCAACAACGUCAUGGCGCUCAACAAAUUAAUCUUGAGCGACUAUUUCUAUCCAUUUAUGCUAUUGUACUAGGUUUAUCUUAUUCUAUGUAUCGCAUCUUCCGACAAGUGUGGGUGAUUGAUUUGCAAGUGAUCGAGCAAGAUCCAUGGUAUCUUAUCAAGAUAUAUGCAAAAUCUCUCAACUUGUUCUCCUUUCUCUGGGCCUCUGGCACUUUUAUCUCUACAUACUUUUUUUACUUGAUUUCAUCCGGUUUCUUUUAUCGUCUGACUGCUGUUGGAUUUAGACUAUAUACAACUGUUUUGGAUACCCCAGUUAUUGGUUUUCGAUGGUGGGACGUUUGUUUAUUUUUCAAGAUGGUAAUGGUUGGUUGGAUAAUGAUCAAGGCGUGGACUUUUGUUGAUUUAUCUGUAGACGCUUAUUUCAACAGAGUGGAAGAUUGUUUGUCAUCUUAUAGUAAUCCUUUCGAAAUUUUGAUUGAUGGUUUACGAUUUCAAAAGGAUGAUCGAAUUAGAGGGUUGGCUUUUAGGGAAUUGGUUCGACUAUCCUCUGUAGAUGACGAAAAACGAAAAAUUCUAUACAACGAUCUAGGUGAUAAGGAUGUAUCUUCAAUGUGGUAUCGUAUCAAAACUGAAUGUUUGAUUGUCAUCGAUGAAUUGAUAAACAGGAUCAAGGAUGAAUACAAGACCGAUAAAAAGAAAGAUGAGCUCAAAGACAAAGAAACAAAGAUAUCGAAAUCAUUUCAACAAAAGAAGAAAGUUAUCAAGCUUGUGGAUAAUAAUGUUUAUGCUGGACGACAAAAGAAUAUAACGGAACUAGACGAUCGUACCAACAAUGUUUUGAUAAAAAUGACAACACGUAUCUCGGAUGCUAUUCCCUCUCCUGAUAUCCAUAUUGGCAAAUUGACAAAGACUGUAAUCGAUAAAUAUGCACCAAAGCGAUUAUUUGGAAUAACUAGGACAAAUGGUUGGCUUGCUGGCAAUAUUGUACGAUUAACUCAACAAAAUAGAAAGAUGUAUUCAGUUUUUGGUAAUGUCGUUCUCCCCAUAGCAUCAAUUGAAGCAUUAUCAAAUAUUUUGUCUUUUUCAUUAAAGGAAGAUGAUCUUGGUCAAGUCCAAUACGAUUUAUCUCUGAUUAUCAACACAUUACUUGAAUGUUCAUCGACAGUAGAUAAUUAUAUCAAUUCUCCUCCACCUCAAUAUAAUCCACCCUUCAGUUCUUCUGAUCUUCCUUUAUUGGCUCCCUAUCAACUCAUGCUAGCUGUAGACAGUGCCAUUCUUCAUAUUACAUCAACAUUCAAAGAUCAUAUACAGGAUAUCAAAGUGAAUGAACAAUACAUAUCCAUAUGGGAGCGUUUGGUUGGACAGUAG